CGCGCGUCAGAGCAGGGAGCAGAAACUUUGCCUUUUAUUGUUGCCUGUAGCCCUUAAGUGCAAGGAACUCUGUGUCGGAAGGAAAAAUGUCCUUCUUCAAUUUCCGUAAGAUCUUCAAGUUGGGGAGCGAGAAGAAGAAGAAGCAGUACGAACAUGUGAAGAGGGACCUGAACCCCGAGGAGUUUUGGGAAAUUAUAGGAGAAUUGGGCGACGGAGCUUUUGGAAAAGUGUACAAGGCGCAGAAUAAAGAGACCAGUGUUUUAGCUGCUGCAAAAGUGAUUGACACCAAAUCUGAAGAAGAACUUGAAGAUUAUAUGGUUGAGAUUGACAUAUUAGCAUCUUGUGAUCACCCAAAUAUAGUCAAGCUUUUAGAUGCUUUCUAUUAUGAGAACAAUCUUUGGAUCCUCAUUGAAUUUUGUGCAGGUGGAGCAGUAGAUGCUGUGAUGCUUGAACUUGAGAGACCAUUAACUGAGUCCCAAAUACAAGUAGUUUGCAGACAGACUUUAGAGGCAUUGAACUACUUACACGAGAAUAAAAUCAUCCACAGAGAUCUUAAGGCUGGCAAUAUUCUUUUUACCUUAGAUGGAGAUAUUAAAUUGGCGGAUUUUGGAGUAUCAGCUAAAAAUACCCGGACAAUUCAAAGAAGAGACUCCUUUAUUGGUACACCAUAUUGGAUGGCUCCUGAAGUAGUCAUGUGUGAAACAUCUAAGGAUAGACCCUAUGACUACAAAGCUGACGUCUGGUCUCUGGGAAUCACUUUAAUAGAAAUGGCUGAGAUAGAACCACCUCAUCAUGAACUAAAUCCAAUGCGAGUACUGCUGAAAAUAGCAAAAUCAGAGCCCCCUACAUUAGCACAGCCAUCAAGAUGGUCUUCAAAUUUUAAGGACUUUCUAAAGAAAUGCUUAGAAAAGAAUGUGGAUGCCAGAUGGAAUACAUCUCAACUACUACAGCAUCCCUUUGUUACUGUUGAUUCCAACAAACCAAUUCGAGAACUGAUUGCAGAAGCAAAGGCUGAAGUAACAGAAGAAGUCGAAGAUGGCAAAGAGGAAGAUGAUGAUGAGGAAACAGAAAAUUCUCUGCCAAUACCUGCAAGUAAGCGUGCUUCUUCAGACCUUAGUAUUGCCAGCUCUGAAGAAGAUAAACUUUCACAAAAUGCUUGUAUUUUGGAAUCUGUCUCAGAAAAAAGAAAACGCAGUACCUCCGAAGAUAAAUUAAACAACAAAAUGCUUAAUGAAAAACCUACCCCUGAUGAACCUGAAAAAGCUAUGGAGGAGGGUAUUAAUGAUGCUCAUUUAGAAACUGUGACUGAACUUCAUAAAGGAACAAUAGUAAUCAAGGAGAAUGGGAGAGAGGAGAGGAGAUCAGAACUUGAAAAUCUUUCUGACACAGAGCGCCAAGAAACUAUGGACAUUAAUUCAGUCAGGGAAGGAAAAGAGAGUAACAUAAUAACUUCAGAAACAAAUAUUGAGCAUGAGCUGAAACUUGAGGAAGAAGGAGAUCAGGAGAAACCACAGACACUUGAAAAUAAACUUAUAAAAUCUGAAGAAAUGAAUGAUACUACUGUUCAAACAGUGGAUUUAGUUUCUCAAGAGACUGGAGAAAAAGAGACUGAUAUUCAAGCAAUUGACAAUGAAGUUGGGCUUACAAAAGAAGACACUCCAGAGAAAUUAGAAAAAGACGACAAAACUCAGAAAGAUGUGAUCAUUGAUGCAAGCGAUGUGGGAGUAACACGUGAGGGAGGAGAUACUGCUCAGAAAGCAGCCGAGAACAGUGCUGAGGAUGCUCAUACCGAUGAAGGGGAAGAAAUGGGUGAAGUAGGCCAGACAUUAAUCAGUAAGGCCGCAGAAGCUCCUGAGAGUGGUAAUAGUGAGGAAGUUCCUAAUAAAGAAAUAAUUGAAACCAAUGAAAUAGAUCAGAAAUCUGUAGAAGGUAAAAGUGAAGAACAAUUAAUCAGUGGCUCAGAAACCGUGUUGGAGACCAUCGAGGAACCAGGGAUAAAUGAAGUUGCAGAAAUGACUGAGUCAAGCAGUGCUGAAGAAAUCGAAGACAGAAGGGCAGUGAUUGAUACAGACCAAAAGGUUUCAGAAAACGAAACUCAGGAUACUCAUAAAGCCACUAUACAGGUAGACACAGAGAAAAAAGAAAUUCCAUGUGAGGUACCAGUUAAAGCAGAACCUCAAGUGAUUGCAGCUUCACAGCCCAGUGAACCUCAACCUGUUCCAAUACCCAGUAUUAAUAUCAACACUGAAGAUGCAGAAGAUAAAGGGGAAGUAGGUGUUUUAUCAAAAACUGAAACUGUGCUGCUUCCAGAAUCUGAGAAUCAGAAGGAAAAUGAUACUGAUUCAGGCACUGGUUCUACUGCUGACAAUAGCAGCAUUGACUUGAAUUUAUCCAUCUCUAGCUUCCUCAGUAAAACUAAAGACAGUGGAUCAAUAUCUUUACAGGAAACAAGAAGACAAAAGAAAACAUUGAAGAAAACUCGCAAAUUUAUUGUCGAUGGUGUAGAAGUAAGUGUAACAACAUCAAAGAUAGUUACAGAUAGUGAUUCCAAAACCGAAGAACUGAGGUUUCUUAGACGUCAGGAACUUCGGGAAUUAAGAUUUCUUCAAAAGGAAGAGCAAAGAGCCCAGCAACAGCUCAACAGCAAACUGCAGCAACAACGAGAACAAAUUUUCAGGCGCUUUGAGCAAGAAAUGAUGAGUAAAAAGCGACAGUAUGACCAGGAAAUUGAGAAUCUAGAAAAACAGCAGAAACAGACUAUUGAACGUCUUGAACAAGAACAUACAAAUCGCUUGCGAGAUGAAGCCAAACGCAUCAAAGGAGAACAAGAGAAAGAGCUGUCCAAAUUUCAGAAUAUGCUAAAGAACCGAAAGAAGGAGGUUAUAAAUGAAGUGGAGAAAGCACCCAAAGAGCUGAGAAAAGAGCUCAUGAAACGCAGGAAAGAGGAGCUUGCACAAAGCCAGCAUGCUCAGGAACAAGAGUUUGUUCAGAAGCAACAACAAGAGUUAGACGGCUCUCUGAAGAAGAUCAUCCAACAGCAGAAAGCAGAGUUGGCCAACAUUGAAAGAGAGUGCCUGAAUAACAAGCAGCAGCUCAUGAGAGCUCGAGAAGCUGCAAUUUGGGAGCUUGAAGAACGACACUUACAAGAAAAACACCAGCUGCUCAAACAGCAGCUUAAAGAUCAGUAUUUCAUGCAAAGACAUCAACUGCUUAAACGCCAUGAGAAGGAAACAGAACAAAUGCAGCGUUAUAAUCAACGGCUCAUAGAGGAAUUGAAAAACAGACAGACUCAAGAAAGGGCAAGACUGCCCAAGAUUCAGCGCAGUGAAGCCAAGACACGAAUGGCCAUGUUUAAGAAAAGUUUAAGGAUUAACUCAACAGCCACACCAGAUCAGGAUCGUGACAAAAUCAAACAAUUUGCUGCACAAGAAGAAAAGAGGCAGAAAAAUGAGAGAAUGGCUCAGCAUCAAAAACACGAAAAUCAAAUGCGGGAUCUUCAGUUGCAGUGUGAAGCCAAUGUCCGGGAGCUGCAUCAGCUGCAGAAUGAAAAAUGUCACCUGUUGGUGGAGCAUGAGACUCAGAAACUAAAGGAGUUGGAUGAGGAACAUAGCCAAGAAUUAAAGGAGUGGAGAGAGAAAUUGAGACCCAGGAAGAAGACACUGGAAGAAGAGUUCGCCAGGAAACUGCAGGAACAGGAAGUGUUCUUUAAAAUGACUGGGGAGUCUGAAUGCCUUAACCCAUCAGCGCAAAGCCGGAUUUCCAAGUUCUACCCUAUCCCCAGCCUGCACUCCACGGGGUCCUAACUGUGGGAGACGUGCUGUGGUUGGGCUGGCUUAAAUGUGUCGUUCUGCUCUCUUCAUCUUCUGCCACAGCCUGUCAGAUAGCUCACGGAGACAAUCACCUGCCUCACCUUCUAAGUGUUGUUUGGUUUUUGUUUUUGUUUUUGUUUUUUUGGGGGGAGAGGGUUGUUUAAAGCAAAGAUGAAGGGAAAACAAACUAAGGCAGAUGCUAGGCCAUGUUGGCAAAGUAGCAUCUUAAAGUAAUUCCCUAAGGUGAUUUUGUAUAAUAACCUUAAAAAUGUGUUACCUGAAAAUCUGUUAGAGAAAUAAUGUUUAAAGUUAUUUUUUAAAGACCCUGUUACAUCACUAAGUAUUAGUGUCUUUUCACCUGACCUAACCUGUCAGUGACGCCUGAGCUCUGUAAUAGACUGCUGUACAGAGUUAAGUCUCUUCCCAUCAGUCAGCUCUCAUAAAGAAGUUAUGUGUUCAAGAUAUACUGCUGAUUCAAAAAUAAAUAUAUUUUAUUUUUAACUAGGAACAAGCUCAUUUAAAAGAGAAAAAUUAUUUCAGUAAUUUUUCAAAAUUAGUAUUUCCCUUUUUGGACAUGAACUAAUCAUUGAGGGUGCUAGUUUUAUUAAGAUAGUGCCUAAAACUCGACAUUCCAAUCAAGUUUAAAAUUGGAUUUUCUUUUUGAGCAACAGGGACAAAGCACCCUUAGUAAAUGUUACUAUUUUUAAAAUCUUAUAACUCUGACCAUUUGAUAACAAUUUUCAUCCUAAAAUAUAUGUUGUGCAAAGUUUGCAAAGAUUGAAAAGUAGCAAAUUGGAAAUGUAAGACUCACCAAGUUAAAAGUAAUACAGAUUUAGCCGUCCCAGUUUAUUUCUUAAAAUAAUAUGAGCUGGUUUCAAGGACUUUUAUCUUAGCAAAUUCUGUUUGUUUAAAAAACUGUCAGAGGCUUGAGGCUCUGAAUUAUGUUUAUAAAUGCAUUUUCUGAAAUUAAUCUUAAAAGAGGCAAUUGUUCAGAAUACUUUUUCAAAAUUAUUUAAAUAUUUAGAGAAAAAUCAGGAAUGACUUUUUUGUUGUUGUGAAAUGAAGUUACUUACAUUUUGAUUUUAUUUUGUUCCAUUUAAAUUAUUUACUUUGAUCCGAAUGGGAAAAGCCUGAAACCUUUAUCACGUGGUCGCUGGUCUGUGUAAUUAUUAAUGAAAGGUUCACUUUUAGUCCCUUCGAGGCUUAGAAUUUCAGCCGUGGGUCAGGUCAGACAGUAUUAUACACCGUGCUCCGGCGUGUGAGGUAGCACCCUGAAAACAAUUGUCACUGCCUGCCAUUGACAGCCUGUUCUUUUCUAAGAGUGCUGGGUACCAAAUGGUAGACUUUUCAGUUCUCAGUUGUGUUACUUUUGAGGCUGGUGAAAACUGAAAUGCAACUUUGUGGGAACACUGAUUCAUGUUAAGGAAACAUAAGUGUCCGUAGCACUUUCUUGCAGUUACUUUGAAGACUUAGGAUGCUGACCCUUAUUUUGUCAGUGGUUUAGAUUAUUUACAAAUGCAUGUGUUAUUUUAAUUUUUUAAUUGUUUCGAUAAGUAUAAUUUACUUGGAUAACUUUGUAGGUAGCCUUAACUUCUGGCCAGGUUUUUAUAUAUAUAUAUAUAAAUAAUUAUAUAUACAUAUAUAUUAUUGUAUGGUUGUAAAUUCAUACACUUACCACAUGAAUGUGUUACUGUAUACAAACUUAAUGCUUUAUUCUCAAAUACUGGGUGAAAAUGUUUUGAAAGUCUUUUAAAUAUAUAUCUUUAUAAAGUAAUAUUCAGAAUGAUAGAAAUUGUUUAUAUUGUUAUGAUAAAAUGACAGUAUAAUGUUGCCCAGUGUAUUUAAUGAUUUAUUUGAAGAGGGAGAGGAAGGAAGGUUCUCUUACCACCUUCUUUUUUGAAACUUUUAGUUUUUAAUGGCUGUUAAAAAAUGAGUAUUUAAGGCAGUGGACAGUUUUGUUUCAGUUUUGUUUUUGUAUCAUUUAAAUGAUACGCUGUGAGCUAGCGUGUAGCACACAGUUGACUUGUUCUGAAUAUUCAGUUUUUCCUGUUCUUUUCAACUUGACAUCCAGAGUGUAGAGUCCAGGAGAGGCUCUGCUGGGUUUACUAGCCACUCUUGCAUCUCCCUUGAAGGUGCCCUUGGGAUUUGCUCCUCAUGCUCGAGUCCUCUUUCCAGUAGGACUGCGUUCAUGUGGAUGCAAGACAUAGAAGUCAGCUCCUAAAGUUAUAGGGAUUUUUCCCAGAAGGAAAAGUUUGUCCUAGAAUUGCUGUUUGUAGACAUACCUGCCCAGGUCUCGUAGGCCCCGUCCUCAGAUAGUAACAGUGAUCUUUCUUUCUUGCUUGAAGCAAGGUGGGAGGGGCAGGGGGAGAGGGGCACAUCUCCUUUGAUAUCUGCCAGAGCAGCCAGAUCCAUUCCUGACUUGGUGGUUUGGACACUGGGGCAGAGUAGGCCACACAGUGCUUAGAAGAAAUUCUCCCCGCAGGCUCCCUCCUCAGUCACCGCUCCCUGAGUGCUCUGCACACACAGACCUCCGCUCCUGCAGGUCUAGCUCAGAGCUCGGCACCAGGCUGCCUCUCCUGUCCUGUCACUCCUGAGGUGUGAAUUGCUGGAUUAGCUGCUAUUCUCUAUGGAGUCACAUUAAGCUUUUUCUCACCCUUUUCUGUGGGCGAUCUCUAGGGUGGUAAGGAGGAAAUUUAGCAAAUUUUCACUUUGCUGAACAAUACUGGAUCCUUCCUCUGACAGGAUACAGCAAAUCAUAAUUAAAUAUAACCAGAACCAGAGCUACCUCUAAGUAGUGUUUCCUCAAGCACAAAGCUCUCAGGCAUAUGAGACCCACUUGAAAGGAGGGUCUCUGAUUUCUUGAGCAUCAGCAAGUUUCAAAAGUGACUGUUUUUGUACUCUUCUAGCUCCCUUGUACUGUACUCUCUUCCCACUCCACACUGUGCUUAAAUAAGACUCCUCUGAGAAGCCACAUUCGCUCACGUUAUUAGAAAUACUGUCAAUUAAAGGAAAACCUAGAACUGAAGUGGAAGAAGAUCCAAUGCCAAUAGUCUUUGAUUAAAUAAAUCAGUUCUUUUCUGAGAAACGAUCUUUUAUAGGAAACGGAAUGAUACUUUAAAUGCGUUUCUUAAGUUGAAGGCACAACAGUUAAUGGUUCUAUUGUAGUACCGUGGCCGAUGCGGUUUGAUAAAGCUUUAAAAUGUCUGCUACGAAGCUUGGAAUAUGAGUGUCUUACCAGUUUUAAAUGUUGGCUGCAGCUUUUUGUGAUCCUUCUCUAACAUGCAGUAUCAUUAGUUCUCAAGCUGAAUGUUCAGAAAGAAUUUUGUUUUGGAUUAUGCCUCUUGUCUGUUUGGGAGCAAUCUGUCUUUUCAGUCAUGGGAUUGACAAAUGAAAAAUAAAGUUGUUUCUUAAUCUAU